AUGCUAGUGGGUGGUAGUUCCAUUUAUGGGUUCAAAUCAAUACGUUCUAAGAAAAAAGAUUUGAAUAUUAAUCUCAUCGAGCCCAUCGAUCUCAUAAGUAUCAUACCAAAUCCCAUCAAUCGAAUCACUUUUUCGAGAAAUACGAGACAUCUAAGUCAUACAAGUAAAGAAAUCAAGUCAACUUCGAGCAGAACUCAAAUAAAAGAUCUUUGGCUUAUUCCAAGUAAGGAAUGGGACUACUGGUACCAAAACUUUGACACUCUAAAGUCAAAUCACUUUCAAACUCACUUUCUUACUUCAUUGCCUAAGGUAGUUGACUUAGUACUUUCAUUAGGGAAUCAAGUGUAG